CUGUGAAGCCCAACUUUCUUGUGGCACAACUACUAACACCUUCACCUCUUCAUAGAAAACAACGGGAAAAUAAUUCUUCUUCUGCACUCUCCUUUUUUAUUUCUUCAUUUAAGUUGUCUUUAUUUUUACAUAUUUUUUAAGUUUGCCUUUCAAGUCAAGAGGCCUUUAGGAAAAGAAACAAAGAGAAGAUGAUCCCUCUAUUUUCCCUGGCAUUGGUCUUCUUUGCGAUCAGUCUGCAAACAUUUGUUGAUGCACAAGGUAUCCAAUCAAGGAUUACAGCCUAUGCCAACACAGGUGACAAUAUCACGCUGCCUUGUCACUUGGACGGCCAGUCCAAUUUGUUCGGAAACAGAAUCAAGUGGACCAAGCUUGAAGAUGACGCUACAGAAACGGAUGUGAUUAUCUCCAUGGGCUUCCACAAGAAAACCUACGGAAAUUUCCUGAACCGUGUUUACCUGCUGGAAGCGGAUGAAAAUGAUGCAACCUUGGUUAUCACUGAUUUAGAUGUGACAGAUUAUGGCACAUACAGAUGUGAGAUCAUAAAUGGCAUGAAUGACAAAAUCAUUGAAGUGAACCUCAAAGUGGAUGGGGUGGUUUUCCCAUACUCCCCCCGUCUGGGGCGUUAUAACCUCAAUUUUCAUGAUGCUGAGGCUACAUGUCGGGAGCAGGAUGCUGUGGUGGCCUCCUUUGAGCAGCUGUAUGGGGCUUGGAGAAAUGGUCUGGAUUGGUGCAAUGCUGGCUGGCUUAAUGACGGAACCGUGCAGUACCCCAUCACCAAUCCCAGACAGCCCUGUGGAGGAGUGCAGAUUUCAGCUGGACUGAGAAACUAUGGUCGGCAGCACAGGUCCAACAGUCGCUUUGAUGUGUUUUGUUUCACAGCAGGCCUCAGAGGACGCUUUUACUACCUGAUCCAACCACAUAAGCUGUCCUAUGAUGAGGCUGUGGCUGCAUGCAAGAACAAUGGAGCCGAGAUCGCAAAGGUGGGCCAUAUCUACGCUGCCUGGAAGCUGCUGGGAUAUGAUCGCUGCGAUGCUGGUUGGCUGGCUGAUGGUAGCGUUCGUUACCCCAUCUCAAGGCCCAGGAAGAAUUGCAGUCCCACUGAGGCUGCGGUUCGCUUUAUUGGUUUUCCUGACAAAAAGCAGAAGCUUUAUGGUGUUUACUGUUACAAACCUCAGCAGUGAAGUACUGCAUCUCAUAUAAAACCCACCAAAGAGCAGCACAUAAACCGUUUUUUGUAACAAAGUAUUGAAGGACUUUUUGCAUGAACUAGCCAUAACUGUGAGACUUAUUAGGGAUGCUGUAAAGACAGGUUUCAUACUGCAGGAUUCAAUCUAAACUCGUCUUAUCUCUUAUUACUUUCAUAUAGUCAAUUUAUACAACGUACAAUACAUAUGAACAAAAGAAUAACAGAAACUGCAUUUUUUAAGGUUAGUCAGCUAAAAAAGUUACAGUCAGUCACUUUCAAAAGAAUAUGAAUAAAUUAAAAAUGAGUUUGUUUUUUGUGACUAAUUAUUGUGACAGCCAUAAAAUAUUUUAAUAAUAUUCAAAUUAAAAGCAGACAAAGAGUUGUUAAAACUUGCCAGAAUGAAAUGUAAAAGCAAGUCUAAAUGGAGCUGACAUCUUUCAGUUUUUUAGAAGUAACAAUUUUCUUAAAUGUUCAUUUGUUUUAUUCUGUUGCUAUAUGACAAGACUGUGACUGGUCUUACUUAACUGCUUGAAAUAUUAAAUAAAUGUUGAGUGUUACAAGCUUA